UUAACCAGUCUUGUAUUUGCCGAGGGUUGAUCGAUUCGUCGAAACGAUCCUAGGGACAUAACGUAAUCAGGAGGCCCUGCAGGGAAUUUCCCGUGGACAGGAUUGUUCAGUUCUUUCCGAAACCCCUUUCUACCGUGAUAUGCAACCUAUACUGGCGCACUUUCGGUGCCAAGAGGGCGUAUGAGUCACAUAUUUCCCAUCAUCAGUAAAAUUAAAACAGCACUAGUCGACCUAAAGUCGCCGUCGUCGUCUGCGGACAGAAGUCUUUCAAUGUAUGUGAAGUUUUAGUUGCCCGACGAGAGCUGCAGAAGAAAAAGAAAAACUACUACAGAGUGUACGAUAUAGUGUGCAGUGAUUUCGGGGUGGCCACCACCUGAUUACGACGACUUCGACAAGUUUGUGGAAUUGCAGUGUUGCAUCGAUUAGUUAUCGAACCAAUGCGAGAAAAAGAAAACCAUCGCGAAGUACCAUCGAAGACCGUCCUGAAAGAGCCAAGAGCUAGAUGGACCAAGUGUGAGAAACGACGAGAAAAUCGAAAACUGAAUGAAUUUGGAACGCAGUGGAACACUCGCUAGAAAAUGGCUUCCACUUAUUAGGGUAGUGUCUAUACAUCGUUUGGUCUGUGUUUCUCGAAGGAAAUCCUGAAGAAGAUCGAUUGAUUGAACGUGUUCACGGAUGUUGAGAAAAGAGUGCCCUUUGGGAUUUACGUUCUCAGUGUCGGAAAGUGUUGUUACGUACGUCGAAAAGCGAAGAAAUAACCCAGAAUUAUCAAGAACCCAAGGACUGUCACAGAAAAACGACAAAAAUUUAGUGCAGUGUGUGGUCGAAGUCGAAUCGAAGGUAGUAAGCAUCGGUGUGUAAACGGGGAACAAGGUGUUCAGUGUGAAAAUUUCCGAAUCGAUCGAGCCAACCAGGAAAGGAAUAACCCAGAAAACUCAGAAGACGUAGAAGAAAACGAAGAAGAAGAAGAAGAUCAAGCAGACGAAGAAAACGGCAUCUCUCGCGGUAGUCUGGGUAAAGUGGUGAAGUGUAUAUUUGCCGUACGACGACGGCGACGGCCGAUGAGCGAUGGUGAAUCGUUGUGAAAAAGUGGAACUCCUGCUAGACAAGAUUCUGCUGGCUUGUCUCUGUCUAAGGCCAGAUCUGCUGGUUGAUUCAUUCCCACUAGAUCAGCAAUCGAUCGAAAUUCCAGAGACCGAGUGUUCGGAUAGCUGCGAAAACGACGUCGACAUGGAUGAGUCGGACAGCUGCGAUAACGAUGCCGACGACAACGACGACUCCGAAGACGAUGACGAGGACGACGACGAUAUCCACAGUACGGUCGUGACGGGGAAACUCCUGCUGGAUAACUACGACGACAUGGAUCACGACAGCGGGGGUGCCGGCGGCGGCGGAGGUGGCGGCAGUGGAAGCCACGACAAGAAAGCCCGCCUCGAAGCCCUGCUGGAAGCUGCAGAUGAAGCAGCUCAAGCUCUCACCCGCAUGCGUUCCAGCGAAGGAGGUGGCAGUCCGCGAGACAAGAAAAAUGCUCUUCGUAAUUUCAGCUUGCUCUCGCGCUCGCUGCUCGCCGCCUGCACCGACAACGACGUCAACACCGUCCGGCGGCUACUGGGCGAGGGCAACUCGCUGAACGAGGCCACCGACGACGGGGACUCGCUGCUGUCGUUGGCCUGUUCCGCCGGGUACUACGAGCUGGCGCAGGUUUUGCUAGCCAUGUCGGCCCAGGUGGAGGAUCGCGGUCACAAGAACGAUCUGACGCCGCUGAUGGAGACGGCCUCGGCUGGCCACGUGGACAUCAUCAAGCUGUUGCUGAAGCACGGUGCCGACGUCAAUGCCCAGUCGUCGACCGGAAGCACCCCGCUGAUGUUUGCCUGCGCAGGUGGACACGAGGAGGUCGUUCGGGUACUGCUGGACAACGGAGCCAACGUCGAGGAUCACAAUGAGAAUGGGCACACGCCGCUCAUGGAAGCUGCCUCGGCUGGCCACGUGGGAGUGGCGAAGAUCCUGCUGGAGCGCGGUGCCGGCAUCAAUACGCACUCGAACGAGUUCAAGGAAAGUGCACUGACGCUGGCCUGCUACAAGGGUCACCUGGACAUGGUCCGGUACCUUCUGGAGGCUGGUGCUGAUCAGGAGCAUAAAACUGAUGAAAUGCACACAGCGCUGAUGGAAGCGUCGAUGGACGGCCACGUGGAGGUAGCGCGGCUCCUGCUGGACUCGGGCGCCCAGGUCAACAUGCCCAAGGAUUCGUUUGAGUCGCCGCUGACGCUGGCGGCUUGUGGCGGCCAUGUGGAUCUGGCGAUGCUCCUGAUCGAGCGCGGCGCCAACAUCGAAGAGGUGAACGACGAAGGGUACACUCCGCUGAUGGAAGCGGCGAGGGAAGGCCAUGAGGAGAUGGUAGCAUUACUAUUACAACAAGGUGCGAAUAUUAAUGCUCAAACCGAGGAAACUCAGGAAACUGCCCUAACACUUGCCUGUUGUGGAGGCUUCGUGGAGGUGGCCGACUACCUAAUCAAGCACGGAGCGGACAUCGAGCUGGGAGCGUCAACGCCGCUGAUGGAAGCGGCCCAGGAAGGUCACAUAGACCUGGUGCGUUUCUUGCUGGAAAACCGAGCGGACGUGCAUGCCCAGACCCAAACCGGAGAUACGGCGCUGACCUAUGCUUGCGAAAACGGUCACACCGAAGUGGCGGACAUCUUGCUCUACUACGGAGCGGAGCUGGAGCACGAGUCAGAAGGAGGCCGGACGCCCCUGAUGAAGGCAUGUCGUGCUGGUCAUUGGUGUAUCGUCAAGUUCCUUAUCGAGAAGGGUGCGGACGUGAAUCGGCAUACGACCAACAACGAUCACACUCCGCUGUCCCUGGCAUGUGCCGGUGGCCAUCAAACCAUCGUGGAACUUCUGCUCAAGAAUGGAGCUGAUCCGUUCCAUAAGCUGAAGGACAACAGCACGAUGCUGAUUGAGGCUGCCAAGGGUGGCCACAUCGGAGUCGUUCAGCUUCUGUUGGAUUUCCCUCAUUCGCUGAUCAGUGCCAACACUGCGGCUCAGCAAAAUCUCCUAAACAACGGACAAAUCCAACUGCAAGCGCAACAACAGCUUCAGCAGCAACAGCAAGCAGCCCAGCAGCAGCAGUUGAUCAUCACCCAGAAUCAACAGCAGCAGCAACUGCUUGCGGCACCACCUGGCUUGCACGAGGUUCCCGAAUCGAUCCGUGUUUCCAACAAGCAAAUGUUCCAGCAGCAUCCAUCCAAAGAUGGCCUCGACCAGCAACAGCAGCAACAACAACAGCAACUGUUGGCCAACAACCAGAUGCUGGCCAACUCGAACGUGUUUCUCGACGGUAACAUCGCUUCAACCGAUCCCUCAAUUCUCCACCAGAUGCGAAUGAUACAGAUGCAGGGCUUCAAAGACGGCCUGGCGCACGGUCUUUCGCGAGCACCUGGCCAACAACAACAGCAACAGCAGCAGCAACAGACUAUCCUCUCGCAGCAAAUCCCAUCCCACUUAGCGGCUGCCCAGCAGCAACAACAGCAACAGCAGCAGCAGCAAAUCAUCCUCCAAGGUACCAACAACAAUGCUACCGUUGUCACUCAGCAACAACAAACCACUGCUGUCCCUGGUGUCCCCGUAGGUAACAAGCAGCAGCGAAGCCUGCUGAGGAAGAAGCAACAACCGGCGUCAAUGGCGGCGGUGGCUGCAGCCGCGGCAGCUUCACAACCUCAGCAACCGCUACCGUUCGAGGCAAACCUUACCAGCUCGGAGGCGCAGCAGGUACGCAGCGAACCCAUCGGCGAGGACAAUGGCGGAGGCGGUCAGCAGCGGGCAGGUGUGGUAAUGCGAUCGGAUUACGAGGCGCAGUACCAGAAGCAGAUGCGGGAGAUGUACCAGAAGUCACAAAAAGCCAACAUCCAGUUCAUCUGCGAUUCGAAUGGGCCACCACCGACGCUGUUACCUUCCACUGGAACCUACAUCGAUAUCACCACCCCGGCUCAAGGAGGAAAGACGUCCGAUAGUGGUCUAGUAAUAGCUACAUCAUUGCCAACCGCACUUCAGCAGCAACAGCAACAGCUGCAACUAACAACGACAAUAGCAGCAUCAGCGGCUUCCUCAAGCACGACGGUUCCUUCUGGUGGCGCUCCGGCCCCACCACCCCCAACAACAACAUCCGCAACGGUGAACACCGCUUCGUCCGGCGGCAGUGGAACGCUUUUGACCGGUCCCUCGGAGGUAUCCCAGAGUACGGCCAUCAGCGACCGACCCAAGGUGAAACCCGUCUCGAAAAAGGAUGCCAAGAAUAACCGCAAGUCUGCAGCGGCGGCCGCGGCAGCAGCAGCAGCAGCCGCAGCUCAGCAACAACAGCAGCAGCAGCAACAACAGCAAGCCCAACAAUCGAUUUGGCCGCCAAAUACGGCCAAUGUCCUGCAGCAGAAUCAAAUGGUGUCAAUUUAUAACAACUUGUCUGUGAUUCCGACCUCCGAAGUUCAGGUGCUUCAGCAUUCGCUGUCGAACCUCAGCCUGCAGUCACCAGCAACAGGCGCUCCGGCAGGUUCAGCGAGCAGUUCUGGAGCGGGAAGCACUCAGCAGCAACAACAGCAGCAGCAGCAACAGUUGACCAUUUCAGUGUCGCAAGGCGGCAACAACACCACCCAGCAGCAGCCGAUGAUGGCCGGCAAUCGAAUCAGUCUCGGUUCGACUGCUAAAGCAGCGUCGAUUCCUUUGAGCAACAACAUUGUUCCUACGCCAAGUAUGGUGAUUACCAGUGGAACGGUCACUUCGGUGCCAGCGAAUGUCAUUCAGACCCGGAAUAAUCUAAUCAGGCUCGAUCAGCACGCCCUGGAGCUGGCAAAUUCGGCUUCACCGUUUGCGACGGCCACGAGCACCGCCACCAGCAGCGCGGCCAGUAGUCAGAGUGGCGGAACCAGUUCCGGAGGCGGAAGCAGCAGUAGCAGUGCCAGCGGUUCCAGCAGCAGUGGAAGUAGCAGUAGCAGCUCCAGUUCCAGUGGAAGCGGAAGCACCACGACUACCACAAGCAGUAACAACAGCGGCGAAACGGCAGCCAGUGGAACCGGUGCCGGAGCGGGAGUUGGCAGCGGCGGUGCGGCCGCGGCCAGCUGCAGCGAAAACAGCUCCGAGCACGAAAACCAACUCAACCAACUCGCCCUCAACACCCUCUGCAAUCAGAAAAUGUUGCAGAAAAUCGCUCAACGCUUCAUGGUGGACCCGCCGAAGUCCCCGCCGGAUACACCUCCGCUUAGCUGCGCCAAUCCGGACGGACCUUCGUCGCCACCGCCCAGUGCUAAGGGGCUAGCCAACAACGCCGAGCUAGCCGACUUGUCCCGAAUCUUCUGCGAAGUGAUGCACGACUUCCGGUCCGAUCUGCUGCCCACGCCGGAGUUUGUCCAGGUGCAUCAGCACGUUUCCAACAUCAUCCAGCACAAGGCUGGUAGCAAUCAAAUCAAAAUCAGUGAAAGCGACGGUCACCAUCAGUACGUGGAGGACAACGAGGAACACCUGCAGAUGUUCAACAUUGACGACUCGGAGAACGAAACCAUGUCGGAGUGCGUCGGCGGAAUCUACCCCACGCUGGACGAGUCGCUGGAGACGUUCAACCCGGAGGACGGGUCGGUGGUGGCCGCCGACGGCUCCCGGGAAACGAUCUACAACUACGAGUGGGUCGAGUGCAUCGACGAGGUGAUCCACGCCCUGAACGGGUGCACCGACAUCCCGGUGGCACUGCAGGAAAUGGCGGCCAACCUGAGCUGUCAGGACAUCGACGCGUACGCCAACCUGAUAGGGAUGAACUCCUUCUGCAAGACGCGCUGGGCGAGCAACCAAAGCCAGCUGACGCCGUCCGGAACGUCGUCGCCGAUCGAGGACGACGGCAGCACCAUCAAUCUGACCGAGGGCACGGCCGAGCAGUGUGCCUUCCAGCAGGGCAUCGCCGUAGGCCAGGCCGUAGCCGAUCAGGUCAUGGGAUUCGAUCCCAACCAGCAGAUAUCGCUCGACCAGCUACACUUGCUCAGUCAGCUACAGGCGACCACCACCGCUUCGGGUGCCACCGCACUUCAGCAUGCAGCCGCGGCCGGUGGAGCGCCCUGUGCGCCAGGAGCCGACGGCCAGCAGCCCAAGUUUGUGUUUAACGUGGACGCGGAUAAGGCCUCGCAGGUACAUCUCUUGUUCCAGCUGCCAACGGCCCAACAGCAGCUGCAAAUCACGCAGGGAAUGUGCAACCGUUACGCCGAAGGUCUGGCCCAUGGUCUCCAGCUGCAGCGGGAGGAAGCCGCUUUGCAACAGGCCCAGUUGCAACAGCAGGCCGCCGCCGCUGCCGCCGUGGCCGCUUCGGAAGCCGCAGCCGUUCAACAGCAACAGCAGCAGCAGCAAAAGUUCCAGUCGCCAAAUAUCGUACAUCCCAGUUCUGUGAUUCUGGCCCAGCAACAGCAGGCACAAUCCGCGCAACAGCUGCAGCAAUUGCAUGCCCAGGCCCAGGCAGCACAUUGUACCCAGCAUGCGCAGGUCCAGGUCGCAACCCAAACCCAGCAACCGCAAACCGGUGGACUGUUGAUCCCCCGUCAGCAGAGCCCCCAAACCGUAGACACGGCAACCUCCACCAAGAAGAAGAGCGAAAAGUCCCGAAAGGAGAAGAACCGAAUCGCUGGAGUCCGCCAGGCCCCUGCCGGUCAGCAAAGUGCGGCCGCGGGAGGCUACCAGUUCGAAGCAAGUCCAACGCCGGCACCGAAUCAAUAUCCGGCCGCAGUCCUAACCAACGUAGUCCAAGAGCGCCAAAUCGACGUGGAUUCCGAAACCGAUUCCAACCACGACACUGCCCUGACGCUUGCCUGUGCCGGUGGGCACGAGGAGCUAGUGGAACUGCUCAUCAGCCGAGGCGCCAACAUCGAACACAAGGACAAGAAGGGAUUCACUCCGCUGAUCUUGGCCGCAACAGCCGGACACGAGAAGGUGGUUGAAACUCUCCUCCGACAUGGCGCCGAAAUGGAAGCGCAAUCGGAACGUACGAAGGACACUCCUCUCUCGUUGGCAUGUUCCGGAGGGCGAUACGAAGUAGUAGAACUACUCCUCAACAUGAACGCCAACCGGGAACACCGGAACGUGUCGGAUUACACCCCCCUCAGUUUGGCCGCAAGCGGAGGCUACGUGAACAUCAUCAAGCUGCUUCUGAGUCACGGAGCGGAAAUCAAUUCCCGAACCGGUAGCAAGUUGGGCAUUUCCCCACUGAUGCUGGCGGCCAUGAAUGGCCAUACGGCAGCGGUCAAACUGCUCCUGGACAUGGGAUCCGACAUCAAUGCCCAGAUCGAAACCAAUCGGAACACGGCCCUCACGUUGGCCUGCUUCCAGGGACGUCACGAGGUUGUCAGCUUGUUGCUCGACCGCAAGGCGAACGUUGAGCAUCGGGCUAAAACCGGACUGACCCCACUCAUGGAAGCCGCUUCCGGUGGGUACAUUGAAGUCGGUCGGGUCCUCUUGGACAAGGGUGCUGACGUGAAUGCCGCUCCGGUGCCUUCGUCGCGUGAUACCGCUCUGACGAUUGCCGCCGAUAAGGGACAUCUGAAGUUCGUGGAACUGCUGUUGUCGCGUGGCGCAGCCGUUGAGGUUAAAAACAAGAAGGGAAAUUCUCCGCUCUGGUUGGCGGCCAACGGCGGUCACCAGAAUGUCGUAGAAGUGCUCUGCAAUGCCGGAGCAGACAUCGAUUCGCAGGACAAUCGAAAGGUGUCCUGUCUGAUGGCGGCCUUCCGCAAAGGUCACACCAAAGUGGUCAGAUGGAUGGUCAAUCACGUUACUCAGUUCCCCUCGGAUCAGGAAAUGACACGAUACAUCAACACCAUCAGCGACAAAGAACUGCUGGAGAAGUGUCACGACUGUGUCAAGGUGAUCCGAGCCGCUAAGGAACAGCAGGCCAUCAAGGCGAGUCACAAUGCUUCGAUCCUGCUGCAAGAGCUUGAACUGGAGCACACUCGAGAAGAAAGCCGUAAAGCAGCGGCUGCCAAGCGUCGCGAGCGAAAGAAGCGCAGGAAGGCCGAGAAGCGCGAACAACAGCGAAAGCUAGUCGAAGGCGAUAAGCAACCCGGCAACAGUGAUAACGAAGAUGAUGCCGACGACGAUAAAGACGAUGACGACAAUGAUAGCGAUCGGGAUGACGAAGAACUGAUCACAACCGUCGUGCAUCAAGUCUCGAAUCGGACCUCCGCCGCCACCAACAGCAGAGUACAGCAGCAGUCUCGUCAACUCCACUCGGCAACCACAACCACCGCCGCAGUCGCCCCUUCAAGCAACGACAAGGAGGAAGGCGACUCCGGAAUCGAUGCCAACAGUCAGGGCUCCUGCUCGAGUUCGGACGUCAAAUCAUCCGCCCUCAUCGAGAAGCAGAAGCGCAACAACAAGAAACGCAUGCAACAGCUCCAACAACAGCAACAGCAGCAACAAGCCCGUUUGAACAUCAUCAAGCAACACCAGCAGCAGCAGCAGCAACAGUAUCAGCAGAACCGGCAAAACAAGAGUCCAGAGAGUUCGGUCCCGGUGACCGGCAGCAACAGCAGUUCUGUGGUUCAGGAUAAACACCACCUGAAGGAAGAGAAACUUACUUCAACACAACAGCAGCAGCAGCAACUGCUGCAGCGUCGCCAACAGCAAGAGCAACAACUGCUGCAACUCGGACAAAAGCUGCACUACGAGAACAGCAACAAGCGGGAGAAGACCGUCGAGAAGGAGAAUGUGGCUCCGACUGCCGUCAAGGCAGAACCGAAGAAAGAUCACCACCACCAUCAUCAGCAGCAGCAACAAUCGCAACAGCAGCAACAGUCACAAGCGAAUCAUGCAAACCAGCAGCAACAAGGCAGUCGCAAGUCGAUCAUCGUGUUCGGCAAUCGCCAUGCAGUGGCAGCCGAGAAGGAAGAGCACGACACCAGCGAAUCAACCACCUUCUACAGUCAGUUGAAGAAGAACCACGUGAACAGCAAGAAUACGUACUAUCACAGCAGCGAAGAUCAGCAGCAGAAGUCGAGCAGUCCUACCAAGCAAACGAGCAGCCAAGCUCAACAGCAGCAGCCAAGUAUGGUGUUACCAAACAGCGCAGCAUCGGCGGUGAAGCGCGAGGAAGGUUGGAAGGAGGUCGUCCGCAAGAGCUCCGUACAGCAGAGCUCUGCCUCGGUCAUGGAGUGCAAGAAGGUCCAAGUCCCAGUGCAUGCCAUCUCCAGAGUGAUUGGUCGGGCCGGAAGCAACAUCAAUGCCAUCCGUGCCGCCACCGGAGCUCACAUCGAGGUCGAAAAGCAAGGCAAAGUGCAAGGCGACCGGUCCAUCACGAUCAAGGGCUCGCAAGAGGCCACCAAACAAGCCCACACUCUAAUUGCCACGCUCAUCAAAGAUCCGGACGUGGACAUCCUUCAAAUGCUUCCGAAACACAACACUGCCACCACCAGCAACAAAACCAUUUCCUCUUCCUCCUCCUCGACGUCCUCUUCGUCUUCAUCUGUCCCAGCGGCGUCAAUCCCUCUAGCAACCAGCAUCAUCCCUACAGGAUCCACUGCUCCGACGCUGUCCUCCUUGGUUGCAUCCGGUGGAGUUGGCUCACAGUCGACCACCACCGGAACUCCCAAAGGGAAGAACAUCUUCGCCACCUCCAGCCAGAACAAACCGGUCACGGCUUCCGCUGUAUUGGCCGCGGCCACGGGAAAAUCCGUCACCGGAGGAAUGCCUGCUCGACCACCGGCAGCGAAAAACCUGUUCUCCGGAAACGCCGGCAAUGCCUCUCAAAUGUCCAGGAUAAUUUCCUCGAACGCCACUUCUGCAGCUUCGACGUCAUUGACCGGACAUGGCAAGGACGGAAAGCGAUUGACGCCCCUCCCGCCGUACACCCACAUUAUGCAAUCGCUGAAGAACACCAUGAAGAGUUCGUCCGGUACCGUUCCCACCGGCACCGGCUCUGCCGGAACCUUUGCAAAACUAGUCGCUGAAAGCAACCUUGGCAUUCCGCCGCCAUCCAACAAUGCUAUCAACAACCAGAAGAAACUAAUCAACGCCGUAACAACGCCGGGCUCAUCGCUGAACCAAAGCCAAACGCCAGCUAGCAGUGCUCCGAGUAGCAGCAUUUCAUCAUCUGCCUCGGCCAGCGCUCCGACGACUAUUCGUCCAAAUCAGGUGCAAAUCCUAAAAUCUCCUGCCAAAGGAUUGCCCGCACCGUUCGGAAGUUCAUCGGCCGUGUCCUCCUCCAGCAACACCACCAGCAGCGUACUAACUAGCAUUGCCACUAGUACCACUCUCGUUUCAUCUUCAACGGCAUCAUCCUCAGCCUCGUCCACGAUUAGCCAAGCAGUGGCCGCUCCUACAACGGCAACAGCCCCAACAUCGCAGCAACUUCCAGCCCCCAUCCAAGCUCCCACGAAGACAACUUCCAGUUUCAUGCCGACAGUCGCUCCGUCUGCCUCUGUCAGCACAACUACCACCACCACCAGCAAGAUUGCUCCAGUAGGAACCGGUUCCGGCCGGUCCAUCACCCCAAUCGGCCAGCCUCCGGCUCGGGCAAACAUCACACCUUCUCCGUUGCUCCAGGCUCAGGUUCCCUCGUCUUGCUCACCAUCCUCCCGAUUGGACUCGGUGACUGUCCCAAGUUCCGCCAGUCCCAUCGGAAGCGGUGGUCUCACCACAGUGGUGUCCUCUUCGGCAAACGUCUCCGCCGCCGCUGCCGCUUCCGCCAUUGCCCAGCUGCAGUCCAAAAUCAACAACAACUUGCAUGCCAAUGCGCAGGCGCAUGAGUAUUCACUGUUUAACGAUUCGUACGGCAGCAGCCAAUGGGGAACCACUGCCGGCACGGGUCCCAUCCCCGGAAGUAAUGCCGUUGGAACGGUUCAUGUUCCUCACCAGCAGCACCAUCAUCACCACCACCACCAGCAGCACGGAAGCCAUCACGCCGGGCAUCACCAUCCCGGUGGGCACCAUGGCAGUGGACCGGGCGUGCUCGACAACCCUCCCAUGUACAAUCUGCAUCCGCACGGGGCCGGGUCGUCGUUCAUGGAGAAUGAACCGCCGCUGCAGGUUGACGCCUCGAAAGCUCCAGGUUACCGUGGAACAACCGUAUCGUCCCCGGUCAGCUCGAAAACCUCCAGCAAUUCGGGAACACCACCUUCAGGUUCAUCAUCUUCUGCCCAGCAGCAGCAACAACAGCUACAGCAACCACAUUUGCUGUCCGGGGUAUCUUCAGUCGUUGUUGGUGGUCCUCCAAGCAGCACCAGCAACUCGUCACUUCAACAACAACAGCAGCAACAGCAGGCCGCCAAACAGCAACAGCAACACCAGCAAUCUCAACAGGGAACCUUCCCAUCGCCCAACGAACAGAACGUUAUCAAACCUCCGCAACCGCAGCAGACUCCUCCCAGCGGUCUCGCCGUGCAACGCCCCAUUCUGAACACCUCGUCGCAGAUCCGACCCAUCGGACCGGUCACUUCGGACUAUGGCGGCUUGGUCAAUUCACGGGAUCAUCCUCCGCCACAUGUGGGCAGCUCGCGUCCACCGCCAUCGAUGUUCGAUGCCCUUCAGCAACAAAGUCAGCACGUACUCAACUUUGCUCCCGAUCCGAUGCAAUCCUCCUUCCAGGGUCACAUGGGACUUGGCGCGGGAGCUGGUGGCCUUCCGCCACUCUCCCGUCUCAAUCCCAAAGCCUCCGCAUUCUCAGCGAUUCCUCCCGCGCAAAGCCAUCAACCGUCUGCCCCUGGCAGCAAGCUUUCCUCCUCGAAUCAAUUCGGAACCAUGUUCCACCCGAAUCCCCCUCCCGGUCCCAUCGGAAAGUACCAAAAUCUUCCUCCCAGCUACGGACCGGGACGUGGCAAUGCCCAGUCUCAUGGUCAACAUGGACCGGCACCGGGUCCUCCGGGACCACCGGGAAGCAAUCGAGGCGGAAGUGGAACCAAUUGGUUCUCGGAUUUGGCUCACCUGCAGUCCCGGGAUAACCUGAUGAACAUGGAGAACGGUCUGGCCAUGGCGCUCGGAGGAUCUCCGAACAUUUCGCCGAACAACAACCAACCGACAACGAACGGCGCCGGGCUUGUAGGGGGUCCACCGGGUGGAGGACUUCCGCCCCCGCCGGACGAUGGCCGCAAGAUGGCACGUGCCAUCGGUUCCGAACGCGCCAGCUGGAAGUUUAACUACGGUUCUAGCGGCGGCGGAAUCGGUGGCAUGGAUAACGAUGCGCUGGCCGCAGCAAGUGCCGCGGCCGCAGUCGCAGCCGGAACCACCCACUGGAUGGUGGACAAGAACCUGGCUGCCAUGGUCGGAGGCGGCACCGGCGGUGGUGGGCCCCAGCAGUGGAUGGGCCCUCCGCCGGUGCACUUCAUGGAAGACCUGCACCUAGCCGAUCAUUUCCCGAUGGAAUACCACAAUCCCCUGGGGGGCACCGGUGGUGGCAGCGGUCCCAACCAGCCCAACAUGAACUUCAUGCAGUCGCUGCGGUACCAGUUCAUGCCGGGCGGACCGAACGAUAUGGGCGUCAACGAUGGACCGCUGCAGCAGCCCUGGGAGCACGAGAAGCAUGGUUGGCCCACCAAGUGGGGUGGACACUAGGAGAAAACCACAGACCGUAAAUGUUCUGCGUUACUGAUUUUUUGAAAGUCUUGUGGGCGAAAACCGCGAGAAAAAGAGAAAACUUGCAAAAAACCCAUCAUAGUGUGCAGAUUAGUAGAUGUGCAGCUUAUGUUUCGAACGCCCAGAAUCACACACACACUUCCACGUUCAUUCUUUCACACAGCAUACAUACACAGAAAGAUAUAAAGUUCGCGCGCGUAGUGAAAGAUUACAACAACACACUGAAAAAAAAACACACAAAUGGAAUCGCUUUGAUUAGUGCGAGCCAUCACUGCUUUAUUUAGUAGGCAUAAAGGCAAACGUUAGAAACCACAAACAGGUUGGAAACGAAGCAAAGAAAGGAACUGAACUUUCUUUCCAUUCCCAUUGGUUUUCUUGUAUACUCUCUCACGCAACUGUAUAACACCGUUGUUUAGUUAUGGUUAGAUUUUUUUUUUUGUUUUUGGAAAAAUAUGGAUAAACAGUUUGUCGCAUAGCAAUUAUGUCGUAUUUUUUCGCUGGAAUGGAACGUGUACUCUGGACAGUCUUUUUUUAGUUUUAAAUCGUUUUAUUGCUGGGUUUAUAUAUAUUUUUUCCUGUAUAAAUUACGUUUGGCUUCCGGGUGAAGGCAGCAGAGCUAACCUUGUGUGCAUAUCGGAGCUGGAAAUUUGAAGUAUUCCGCUUUGCUUUAAAUAUACAACAUGAUUUGAAAACAGAUUGACCGGUUGGAGUUUUUUAGUUGUGACACACACAAGUGGAAGGAAACGAGAAAGCAAUAGAAGACAGACAGUAGAACGGGUUGGAGAUGAUCCCCAAAUUGGUCAGUCCUGUUCGGACUUAACCCUCACGUUUUGCAUAGUUAACAUGCUUCGUUUCAUAUAAUUUUUAUAUGCCGGUCUUAUGUCCUUAAAAGUGUUUGUUCACCUUGAUCGAAAGUAACACAUUUUGAGCAUCCAUAGAAGAGAAUUUUUCCGUUUAAAAUUUAAUUUAUAGAGAUGUUCAAAACUUGUAUUUUCGAACGAAACGAACAAAAACAUGUGAAGUUAUUUCAAAUUAUCAAACAACAUUUUAAAUUUGUAUCAACAACAGUUAAAGCUAGUCAAAAACUACAUGCUUUCCAUAAAAACAACGUGGAGGUUAUUUCAGACAGGAAUGAUCAUUUGUUUAACCCCUGAAAUAUAUUUCGGUUGACACAUAACCUACUUGCGCCAUCUACUUAAAUGGUUCGCCACACUCAGAAAAAAAUAAAUUAAAAACAUUGAUUGAAUACAAAACGGAUGAUAGCUAUUGACAAGAAGAAAACCCUUCUUUACGAUAAAAAAGCCAUCUACAAAACAAAAUGUUACUCUAACGCAAAAUUAACGUAUUUCUAACACAAAAUACAACACGUACAUAUAAAACUACUUACAUUUACUACGACAAGUUCUAUCCAUCGCCUACUACGAUGGUAAUGGUGUGUGCUGUUCAUUCAGAGCUGAUGUUACACGUAAAACAAUAUCAAUGGAUUUGGAAAUCUCCCUUCCUUAUUUCCGGAUGGUUUUGUUUUCAUACCUUCCCGCUGCGCCUGUUGCAACACAGUAAACAAAAAAACAAGCUUAACCCGCGAAAUCGUUUUUCUUUUUUCUUAACCAAUAUUACAAGCUGCUAAUCACAAAAAAUGGUAAAACCUAUGACAUAACGUUUAAAAAAACAUAAUAUGGUAAAGAAUGAUAACAAGAAACAAAAUAUCUCGCCUAAAAAAAAAACAUUGGUGUGUGUACUCUUAGGAUUUUUCACUUUCUCCUAUUCAUAAACAUUAACGCAAAAAAAAAAGAAACUGAAAGUGGGCUCUGAUCGGAAACCCCACUGCAAAUCCUUUAUACGAAUUGGUCGUCGGCGAUUCAGGCUGGGAGCGGCCUCGGGAGAAGUGAAUACAACUCGUAAAACAAAAUUAGUACUAUUAUAACUUACACACUACGCAACUACUAAACAAAAAUGAAUGAAAACCAAUAGAUGAAACGAUGAUGAACAUUGGUAGUGACUAAAACAAAAAAAAACACGCAAGCUGUUGGUAGUGGAUUUAAAAAAAAUGGGCUUAGUAAAAUAAACUAAAUACAUAUAUCGCAGAAACGCAAGCAGUAGGAGCGCGGAGCCAAAGUUGGCGCGGCAGUAAUGAUUCAGUAGAGCAAAACAACAAACAAACGCUAGAUUUUAUCCCUAUAACCACAUUUUUUUUUCCUUUCGCGCGUAUCUUGUAGUACAGAGAGAGCGCUGACGAUGAUUAUUUUCCAACUAGGUUUAAACCUCCCCCUAUUUCCCCGGUUGGUUUGUUAGGCAAGAAAACACAGUAGAUGACUUGAUGAUGAUUCAAAUGCGAUCGAUCGAAUCCGCGCUAUCCACGGGGCCUGAUGUUGGGGCCUGGGCCAGUUCCAUCCAAGUCGGCGACGUCAAACUCAAUUGGGCCUGAGUUUUCGUCCCGACCAAAAUGGAACGAGCUCACCGCAUUGGGCCCGGCUAUAGAUAGAUGACGGGGUAUCGUUCGCCGAAGCAAAAAUUCGCUAAAUCGAUUCUUUUCGCUGCGAAAUAUUGAUUAGAAGAACACACGCAAGCAUAGAUUCGAGAA